AUGUCGCCGUUCCCAUUGAAAGGACAUCCAACAAGGCCACACAAGAACAUGCAUAGGUUGUUACAAAGGUACACGAAUGAAGCAUCCACCCCUGCAUCCACACCGACUAUGAGGCCGACAACAUCUAGCUCCCCACUGUUUGGUACUCAAUCAGCCCCAAUAACCACCCAUUCAUCCACACCAACACCAUCAUUUUCCCCUACAUCGACAACGACAGCAUCUACUACCCCCAUAAUGUUUAAUACCUUAUCAGCCCCUUCAUCCGCAUCAACCCCACUGUUUAGUACCCUGUCAUCCCCUUCAUCCACAUCAGCCCCACUGUUUAGUACCCUAUCAACCCCUUCAUCCACAUCAGCCACAUCAUCAUCCCCUUCAUCUACACAAGCCCCAUCAUCUGCCCCUUCCUCCACAGCAGCCACAUCGACACCGAUUGCUACUGAACAAGAAGAUGCACAACUAGAACAACGCAUGAAUAUUACAGUUCGGGCAAAUACAUUAUUACCUUCAGGUAAAUGUUCGUCCAUAAUUACGAAAUCAUUCCUAGAUAAAGUGGACGGAAAUGGAUAUAAGUGGGUAAAUUUAAGUGAAGAGACAAAAAUUUUCUAUUGGGAAGAGUUUCAGAAAAAAUGCCAGUGGGAUGUUGCUGUUAGUGACUCAGUCGUCAAGGCUGCUUGGGAACAAAAGGCCAAAGAAAGAUAUCGACAGUACAUCUAUGACAUAAGCACAAGAAACCCAACUCGUGAAAAGCCAUGUCACAUAGAAAUACAAGAGGAAUAUACAGGAAAAGCUCCAUCAUGCUAUGAACUAUUCAUGUUUACUCAUACUAAGGAUCAUGAUGGAAAAACAUUUCAAGUUAACAAAGCUAAAGAAGUUCAUGAUUUGUUUGUGUCUCGACGUGCGGAUUUGGCAUUGCUAGGAGAGGAAGUUCCUGAAAGCGAACUGUUUUAUGCAGCUGUUGGAGGACAUGAUCGUAAGAAAAGAGUUUAUGGGCUUGGAUCAUAUGGCAGGUCCAUUUUUCGUGAAAACUCCUCUCAAACAUGCACUUCACCAGAUACAAGUUUUGAGAAAGAUCAUCUCGAGAGGAAGAUCCAGAAAUUAGAGGAAACCAUAAACCAACAAAGGAUUGAGUUGGAUGAUGUGAGAAACAUGGUUAAUGAUAUGAAUAAUCAGUGA